GGAAAGAUACUGCAGGUGAAGAAUUUGUCUCUGGAUCACAUACUGAUUCCAGACCGCAGCCUAUCUGCAGCCACGUACAGGCAUAAAUCUUGGCCAUGAGAUUUUUCACCCCUCAUAAAUGGCAUGUCCAUCUUCUGGUUCGCCGCUAAUACAGCCUUGUUCUCUCUUUCUUCAAGCAAGCUAAUAAUCCUCUACUCCUCUGACGACAUUUUGUUCUCAGCUCAAAAUAGUAUGGAUUUUGUGUACUCCCCAUUGGACCGCUCUGCCAAGGAAAUACGGCUGAUCAAACUCACAAACUUGGACGCCAUUCUCGAGCUCAACAACGUUAUCCUAGACAAUCCCGAGUUAGCUCAAAAUCCAGAACUUCGGCGAUCCAUAGAGGAUGACGUUCCAAUCCGUUGUAUCAUGUAUCACGUUUCUCACAAACAAGACUUGACGUAUCCGGCUCUGUCGUAUAUGUGGGGGGAUGGCAAGAGAAAUAGGCGGAUGAUAGUUGAAGUUGGAGAUAAAGAAGCUGAUUUAAUGAUCACGGAUGGCCUUAGUGAUGCCUUGAGAAAUAUCCAAGUGGAAGGCUUGUGGUGGAUCGAUGCUGUGUGCAUCAAUCAAAGCGACAACGAAGAAAAGAGCUGGCAAGUGCAGAUGAUGCGCGAAAUCUACGAGAAGGCCACGCGGGUUGCGGCCUGGAUUGGACCUGCCGCUGACAACAGCGCGCUUCUGAUUGACCAGCUUAUGGAUCUGCCAGAAAGAAGGUUGCGUGAGCAUCUGACGCGUCAUGAAUACUGGACUCCUCCAGAAGACUCCAUAGAUCUUAGGGCCUUUUGGGCUUUGAUCAAGCGCCCUUACUGGCGCCGUGUUUGGGUUCAACAAGAGCUUCAAAAUAACAAACCGGAUGUCGUGAUGAUAUACUGCGGCAAAAAACGCAUUUUGGCUUCUCUAGUGUCAUUUGCGUUGCAAGGGCUUCGCAAAAAGCUUCUGCUGCUAGGGGCGCAAGGUCUAGGUGCAAUCCGACGAGAUUCGUAUGCAUCUCUCCUGUCGGCCUUUUUAAACGAUCCAGACGUCGAGCAAUGUAUUAGUCUGUUCAAUGGUCAUGUACAUGCGAUGAAAAGAGACAUCAAACCAUCGCUCUCAACAUUGCUGGCCAUACAGUAUGUUAAUAAUAGCCAACUUAAGGCGUCUGAUCCCCGUGAUCUCAUCUACGCUUUGCUGGGCAUGUGUACGGAUUCACACAAGUAUUGGAUUAAGCCAGACUAUUCUAAAACAAAGGCUCAAGUUUAUACCGAGACGUCGGUCGUCCUUCUCAAGCUUCUUGGCAUGUCGGUCUUGAGGACGACAAAUUUCGGAUACUCAGCAAAUCCUGAUCCUAGUCUUCCGUCCUGGGUAGCGGACUGGUCGCAACCAUUUCCACUUCCUCUAAGCUCGCGAAAGGGCCAUUCGCUCAAUGAAACGUAUCCUCCAUUGGACUAUGCUGCUUCUCGAGGCCUCAGACCACAGAAGGCCCGUCUUGGCAAGAAAAUUAACGGCACGCUGUUGUCUCUACAGUUGUCUGGAAUCCGAGUUGACGUUGUCGCCCAUGUAGGUGAGCCCAUGUCAAAGAUCUCAAGAACACACAUGAACGAAUUGAUUUCCGACCAAGACAUCAACUUCAAUCUCCAGAUAGUGUGGCUGGAGCAAAUCGAGGCGCUGUCAAAGCACUGCGGCAGCGCGUAUGGAGGUGACGAAGGAACUUUGGAAGCCGUCUGGCGUGUGCCCAUCACCAACGCAGAGAUAAAGCAGCGCGCCUUCUACAAGGCAUCCGCUUCCAUGCGUGACGGAUAUCAGAUAUAUCGCUCCGGCUAUCUCCGCGCCGCCAUCCCCGCUCACGAGUUUUACAGCGAUCAAAGUCAUGCCAAGCUCAAGCUUGGAGGCGCCUACUGGCAGGCCCUUGCUUAUCGGAGCGGGGGCAGAAAGUUCUUCGUGACGGAUGGCGGGCUGCUUGGUGUUGGGCCAGCCGCGACCCAGCAGGGCGACAUAGUCGCCGUUGUCGCCCCUCAUGAGUGUCCCAUCGUACUGCGACCCAAGGGUGAAGCUUGUUACCAGUGGCUCGGAGAGUCCUACGUGCAUGGCAUCAUGGACGGAGAGGUCGGCGAGUGUGCGGACGAGUCGACGCUCGAGGAGUUCACGAUAAUCUAG